AUGUCAGAGAAGAGAGGAAAGAUGAGUCUCUCACAGAAACAGAGUGUAAGAUCAGGAUCACAUGUGUCUGUGAAGAGUGACCAGUCAAAGGAUGAUGACAUGCCGAAGUUCAGUGAGAAAAAAACAUCUAUCAAAAGUGUAAGAUCAGACUCACAUGUGUCCAGCUCUGUGUCUGUGAAGAGAGACUGGUCAAAGGAUGAACCACCGAAAUUCAGUCAAGAAACAACAUCACGAACCAAACGGCUUCAGUAUGAAACAUUAGAUCCAGAUUUACAGUCUCACAGGAAACACAAGAAUUAUACAGACAGUCUCCUGCAGAUCUUCCAGGAUCUUGAGAGCACAGUAAUCACAUUUCUAAAGAAAGAACUGGAAAAGUUUAAGAAAAUAUUACAAAAAGAGGACACGCAAUACUUUGUGAAGGACUUUAUUGAGAACAGAUGCAGUAUGAAAGAAGCAGCUCUUGAUCUCACGCUCUACUUCCUGAGAGAGAUGAAGCAAGAUGAAGCUGCUGAUACUCUAGAAGAUGAGCUGAUCUUCAUUCAUCAGCUAAAGUGUAGCCUAAAGAAGAAGUAUCAAUGUGUGUUUGAAGGAAUUGCAAAGCAAGGCGACUCUACACUUCUGAAGAACAUCUACACAGAUCUCUAUAUCACUCAGGGUUGUAGUGAACAGGUCAAUACUGAACAUGAGGUGAGACAGAUUGAAGUUGCUUCCAGACGUCAUGAAUCACAGGAGAUACAGGUUGAGUGCAAACAUUUGUUUGAAGCACCUGAACAAGACAAGCAGAUCAGAACUGUACUGACAAAAGGAGUUGCUGGCAUCGGAAAAUCAGUCUCUGUGCAGAAGUUUGUUCUGGAUUGGGCCGAAGGAAAAGAAAAUCAAGAUAUCAGCUUCAUAUUUCCUCUUCCAUUUAGAGAGAUGAACUUAAAGGAGAAAGAAAAACUAAGUUUGAUGGACCUUAUAACUCAGUUUUUCCCAGAGACAGAAGGACUGAACCUCAGAAGAAGAAAUCAAUUUAAAGUCUUGUUUAUUCUUGAUGGAUUGGAUGAAUGUCGACUUCCUGUAAACUUUAAGGAUAAUGAGACGUGGUCUGAUGUUUCAUCACCAGCCUCUCUGGAUGUUCUCCUGACGAACCUCAUCAAGGGAAAUCUGCUUCCUUCUGCUCUCAUCUGGAUCACCAGCAGACCAGCAGCUGCCAGUAAGAUUCCUCCUGACUGUAUCGACCGGCUGACAGAGAUACGAGGAUUCAAUGAUGCACAAAAGGAGGAGUACUUCAGAAAAAGAUUCACGGAUGAGAAUCAGGCCAAAGAAAUCAUUGAUCAUGUUAAACAAUCAAAGAGUCUCUUUAUCAUGUGCCACAUCCCAGUCUUCUGCUGGAUUUCAGCCACUGUUCUCCAGAACAUUUUAGAGGAGAAAAGAAAUAAUGUUGUGAAAAACAAUCAGACUGAUGAUGUCUCCAAAACACUGCAGGAGUCAAAUACUGAAGACACUCCUAAGACUCUGACACAAAUGUACACACACUUCCUCAGAUUUCAGAUCCAGCAGAGCAGACGAAAGUAUGAUGGAGAACAUACACCAGAUGUUUCCUGGGAUAAAGAUGCCAUCUUUUCACUGGGGAAACUGGCGUUUGAUCAGCUGGAAAGAAACAAUGUGAUCUUCUAUGACACAGAUCUGGAAGCCUGUGGUAUUGACGUCUAUAAGGCAUCAGUGUACUCAGGCAUGUGUACCCAGAUCUUUAAGGAGGAAACAGGGAUCACUCUUGGUACCAUGUACUGCUUCGUUCACUUGAGCAUUCAAGAGUUUAUUGCAGCCCUUUAUGCACAUCUGUUUCUAGACAUCAAGAAGAUAAGUAUAUUUGUUCAUGAGUCGACAGAACAGGAAAACAAAAGUGAAAACAUGAUUGAUUUGCUCAAGACUGCAGUGGACAAGGCACUAGAGAGUGAUAAUGGACACCUGGAUCUUUUUCUUCGCUUCCUCCUUGGUUUGUCUCUCCAGUCCAAUCAGAGACUCUUACAGGGUCUGUUGACACAGAAAAAUAGAAAUGAGCAGAGCAAAGAGGAAAUAGUUCAGUACAUCAAGCAGAAAUUUGAAGCUAAUCUGUCUCCAGAGAGAUCCAUCAAUCUGUUCUACUGUCUGAAUGAACUGAACGACCAAACUCUGGUGAAAGACAUUCAGACCCACCUUAGCAAAGGAAGUCUCUCAUCUGCUGAUCUUUCACCUGCCCAGUGGUCUGCUUUGGUCUUUGUGUUGUUGACAUCAGAGGAGGAGCUGGAGGAGUUUGAGCUUCAGAAAUUCAAGAAAUCAGACGAGUGUCUCAUUAGAUUAUCAGCGGUCAUCAAAACCUGCAAAAGAGCUCUGCUAAAUGAUUGUGGUUUAACAGACAAAAGCUGUCCAGCUCUGGCUUCAGUUCUUGGAUCAGAUACCAAUCUGAAAGAGCUGAACAUGAACAAUAAUAAUCUGCAGGAUUAUGGAGUUAAAAUGCUCUGCACUGGAUUGAAAAAUAUUAAUUGCAAAUUAGAGAUACUGAGACUUUCAGACUGCAGUAUCAGUGAAGAAGGUUAUAAAGCUCUGUCUUCAGCUCUGAGAUCAAACCCUUCACACCUGAUAGAGCUGGAUCUCACAGGAAAUGAUCCUGGAGAAUCAGGAGUGAAGCUGCUCUGUGAUUUACUACAGGAUCCAAACUGUCAACUCAACACACUGAGGUUUUUGGGUCCUGCUGCAGAUGAAGGCUGUCAGUAUGUGACUGGAAUUGUGGGUAAAAACCCGUUACUCCUGAGAGAGCUGGAUCUGAGUGAUCAUAAACUAGGAGACACAGGAGUGAAUCAGAUCUCUGCUCUACUGCAGGAUAAACACUGUACACUCAACACACUGAAAAACACCUCUGAUACAAUCUCAGAAAAAUCUCUUUCUGUCUUCAGUCUGUGGAGGUGCAGUAUUACAGAGAAACAGUGUCUCAUCCUGACUUCAGCUCUGAAAUCAAACCCAUCACACCUGAGAGAACUGAACCUGAGCUGGAAUAAACUACUAGGAGACUCUGGAGUGAAACACCUCAGUUAUCUACUGAUGAACACACAAUUCAAGCUGGAGAAACUAGAUCUGUGUGGAUGCAGUAUUACAGAGAAACAGUGUCUCAUCCUGACUUCAGCUCUGAAAUCAAACCCAUCACACCUGAGAGAACUGAACCUGAGCAGGAAUAAACUACUAGGAGACUCUGGAGUGAAACACCUCAGUGAUCUACUGAUGAACACACAAUUCAAGCUGGAGAAACUACAUCUGUGUGGAUGCAGUAUUACAGAGAAACAGUCUCUCAUCCUGACUUCAGCUCUGAAAUCAAACCCAUCACACCUGAGAGAACUGAAGCUGAGCAGGAAUGAACUACGAGGAGACUCUGGAGUGAAACACCUCAGUGAUCUACUGAUGAACACACAAUUCAAGCUGGAGAAACUAGAUCUGUGUGGAUGCAGUAUUACAGAGAAACAGUGUCUCAUCCUGACUUCAGCUCUGAAAUCAAACCCAUCACACCUGAGACAACUGAACCUGAGCGGGAAUCAAAUAAGAAACCCAGGAGUGAAUCACUUAUGUGACGUACUGAAGGAUUCACGCUGUAAACUGGAGAGAUUGAGUCUUUAUUUCUGUGGCAUUACAGAUGUUUCUUCUUUAACUCAGUCUUUGACAAACACAAAAGCUCUGCAGUUUCUAAAAGAGCUUGAUCUGAGAGAGAAUAAGAUUGGAGACUCAAAGCAGAAGCUCAUUGAUGUGCUACGAGACUCAAACUGUGAACUGAUAAGGAGUUAAAUCACCAGAAGCUGAUAAAUGCUGUGUAUCAUAAAGUGAAGUGGUCUUGAGAGGAGCAGUAAACAUCAGCUGAAGAUCCACAGAAGAGCUUCACUACUGUGUCUAUGAGGAGAAAUAAAUGUGUGAUAAAUGUGUAAAUGUGAUCCAUACAGGUGAAGAGACUCAGACUUUACAAUCAAAUAAUGCAGCAUGUGUGUUAGAAACAUGAUAUUGAAUGAUUAAUGUUGCUUUAGUAUUCAAGCAGAUGAUCAUUGUGUUUAAUGUAAAGCUGGAACAGAGGAGGAAGAAGCUCAGAUGAGUCUGUCUGGCUCUUCAGUUUAAUAAUAUUUCUAUUAAACUCAUUCAUAAUGAUUCAGAUGUUUAAAUGUGAUUGUCAAGUGCAGC